GAUGGCAAAAUGCAGUCAUCGGUUUUGGCAGUGGAAAAUGCUGCUGUUCUUGCUUUUGUCUUGCUUUUUUCUUUCUGCAAACGGACAGAUACGGUAUUCCAUUCCGGAGGAGAUGAAGAAAGGGUCGCUCAUAGGUAAUGUAGCGCAAGAUUUGGGGCUGGAUUUAAAAAGGCUUCGCUCGGGUCGAGCGCGUAUCGUGACGGGAGAAAGCGCUCAGUACGCGGAGCUGAAAACAGACAAAGGGAUUCUAGUCGUGAGUGAGAGAAUAGACCGAGAGCAGCUUUGCGGCGACGUCACACCAUGCAGCUUCAGCUUCGAGAUCAUUCUAGAGAACCCAAUGGAGCUGCACCCAGUAACCAUUGAAAUAUUGGAUGAAAAUGAUCACGCGCCGUCGUUUCAGAACAAAGAGCUAAAAUUCGAGAUUAGCGAGUCUGCAGCGCUGGGUUCACGCUUUUUGUUGGAAAGCGCGGAUGAUCAUGAUGUAGGCGUGAACUCGCUGCAGAAUUACAUUUUAUCCACGAAUAACAAUUUUAUUUUAAAGCAGCACUCAAAUCCUGACGGAAGUAAAUAUGCAGAAAUGGUUUUACAGAAAGCGUUAGACAGGGAGGAGCAUCCUCAUUUGUCUCUGAAGCUGAUUGCUGUUGAUGGCGGAAACCCGCAGAGGUCUGGCUCCGUUAUUAUAGAUGUUACUGUUUUAGAUGCCAAUGACAAUGCUCCUGUGUUUAACCAGACAGUUUAUAGGGCAUCUGUUAUGGAGAAUGCACCGAAAGGCACUUACAUUACUACUGUUAAUGCCACCGACGCAGACGCUGGUUCGUAUGGGCGAAUAACUUAUAAUUUCUAUAAACAAAAGGGAGCUGCUGCGCAGUUGUUUAAUAUUGACAGCAACACCGGCAUUAUUUCUGUUGUUGGAGAAAUCGAUCACGAAAAGGACACUAAAUUUGAACUUACAGUUGAAGCUCGAGACCAGGGAGGAUUAACAGAUUCGAGUAAAAUUACAUUGGAUGUCAUUGAUGUGAACGACAAUGCGCCUGUCAUUAACGCCAUGUCUUUCUCGAGCACAGUAUCUGAAGAUGCGCCACCCGACACCACAAUUGCGAUUAUUAAUGUUAAAGACGCUGACACCGAUGAUAACGGCAGGGUCAGUUGUUUUAUUGAAGGGUCGGAAGAUUUUGUCGUAAAAUCGACUUUAAGAAAUUAUUAUUCUUUAGUCACAAAUGUUAUUUUGGAUCGCGAGAAAUUGUCUGAGUACAACAUCACUGUUGUCGCCACUGAUUCCGGAAAGCCGCCUCUAACAAGCAGAAAAACCUUUAACCUAAAAGUAGUUGAUGUUAAUGAUAAUGCCCCAGUUUUUAGGGAAAGAGUUUACAACUCCUAUUUGCCAGAGAAUAAUUCACCUGGCGUUUCUAUUCUCAGAAUUAGAGCUCACGACCCGGAUGAAAAUCAAAACGCGCGUAUAUCCUACAUCCUAGAGGAGAGCGAUUUGGGUGGGUUUCCUGUAGGCACGUAUGUUUCUGUUAACGCAGAGAGCGGGGUGGUACACGCAGUGCGCUCGUUUGAUUAUGAGCAGAUCAAAAACAUUAAGGUAACCGUUAAAGCGCAGGAUGGCGGCUCUCCGCCGCUUUCUAGCAACGUAACAGUGAACAUUUUCAUCCAAGACCAGAAUGACAACGCGCCUCAGGUUCUGUAUCCGGUCCAGUCAGGCGCUUCUGUGGUGGCUGAAAUAGUGCCUCGUUCGGCAGAUGUGGGUUAUCUGGUGACUAAAGUGGUGGCUGUUGAUGUGGACUCUGGACAGAACGCCUGGCUCUCCUAUAAACUGCACAAAGCCACAGACAGGGCGCUGUUUGAAGUGGGCGCACAGAAUGGAGAAAUCAGAACUGUCCGGCAAGUGACAGAUAAAGAUGCUGUCAAACAAAGACUCACUGUUGUAGUGGAGGACAACGGGCAGCCCUCUCGAUCAGCUACAGUCAAUGUUAACGUGGCGGUGGCGGACAGCUUCCCUGAGGUGCUCUCGGAGUUCACCGACUUUACGCAUGACAAGGAAUACAACAAUAAUCUGACUUUCUAUUUGGUUCUGGCAUUAGCAGCAGUCUUGUUUCUUUUCGUAACAUGUUUAGUCAUCAUUAUUUCUGUUAAAAUCUACAGAUGGAGACAGUCUCGUCUGUUUUACAAGUCCAGUCUUCCGAUUAUUCCGUAUUAUCCGCCGCGUUACGCGGACACUGUUGGAACAGGAACACUGCAGCACGCGUAUAAUUAUGAGGUUUACAGAACAACCGAUUCCAGAAAAAGUGACUAUAAGUUUGUCAGACCUGCAAGUCAAAACGUGUUGAUAGUGGAUCCUAAUUCUACAGGAACAGUGCAGCCCGCACACACGGAGAACAACAUGCUGGAUGGAUUAGAUUCGCCGGUAGAGCAAAAACCACCCAGUGCAGACUGGCGUUUCACCCAGAAUCAGAGGCCUGGGCCCAGCGGAGCUGCUGCCACUCCUGAGGUUGCCGUGGGAACCGGACCCUGGCCCAAUCCUCCCACCGAAGCCGAGCAACUGCAGGCGCUGAUGGCCGCUGCUAAUGAAGUCAGCGAGGCCACCAACUUUCUGGCUCCAGGCACCAUGGAUCUGAGCACCCGCUACGGCCCUCAGUUCACCCUGCAGCACGUGCCUGAUUACCGGCAGAACGUGUACAUCCCGGGCAGCACCGCCACUCUGACCUCCAACCAGCAGCAGCCCCAGCAAGCCCUGCCUCCACCGCAGGCCUCCGCCGCCAUCGCCGUCGCCCAGCCAGAGCCACCUAAAGCCGCCCAAACCCCCGCCAGCAAGAAGAAAGCCACCAAGAAGGAGAAAAAGUAGAGCGUUUACGGUAUGAAGCAUAGGGGGGGUUACGUUAGCAUAGCUGGACCACUCAAUCCUGCGCUGGAAGAUCUGUAACUAUUUAGAGAGAGAGAGAAAUACAUUAACACGUCACUUUCACAUACAAAUACUGAUUUGUUUUUGGCAAAACAACAUUCGAUUUUCAUGUUUUCUCUCGCAUUCGCCAAGUUUAUGCGACGCUAUAUUCCUGCAUAUAUAUGUAUCUAGCCAAUAAUGUAUUUACCGUGAUCAUCUGGACAGGAGGAGAUGUGUUAUUAUAACUACAACAAUCAUGCUAUUGAUUAUAUGAAGACAUUGCUGUAUUUCCUGAUGUGCCCAGUAGGAUGUCGCGAUGUUUGUAAAGCGCAUCUAGAGUUUUCUUUCUGUUAUCGUUCGCUGAAAUACCACUAUUGACUUAUUUUCGAUGUAGAUGCGAGUCGGGUGAUUAUUGCUGCAUGCCAUUUUUGUUUUUUUGCGCUAUCGAUAAUCACCUGACGUAUACAAACACCCGUCCACAAGUCACAAAGCAGUUACGAGCAUCCACUUUUAUUGUGUUUUCCUUUUAACAACCUGAGAAUGAAACCCCCUGUGUAUCUCUGAGCCAGAUUUCGGUCGUUUUUUUAUGUUCGUUGAAUGUUUUUGAAGCAUUAAGUGAUGUCCGAGCCAUUACAUGAUCGUUUAAGCGUCCAUUAUCUUUAUCGUCCUUAGAAUUCAGUAUUUCUGGGUUAUUCUAGAAGUGUUUAUCAGAGUUUACUUUGACAGCAAAAUUUCCUGACAUUGUGAGUUAGGCUGAAAUGAGUUGGCUUUACAACUCAGGCCGUGUCCACACAAAUGCAGUUUUCCUCUCUUUCGAACCAACAAGGGACGAUAAUUGCAUUUUUAUGUCGUUUUCACACCAAAUGGGGACGCAUUUAGGCAAGGCAAGUUUAUUUAAAUAGCACAUUUCAUACAAGUAUAAAUAAAAUAAAUAAUAUAAAAACAGCGAC